GACAUGCUGCGAAAGGAGGAGCAGGGUGUCGCUGAGGAGCCCAGGCCAUUGGAGAGCGAGGCACCUGUGGACAUGGAGGCCGUGCUUGGGCCGAAGGACACGGAUUGUGCUGACACCGAGCCUUUGACUUUAGUCCAGGUGCUGAAGCAAGCUUUGGCUUCCAACCGAGCCGUCUUCGACAUGGACUCCGCCAGCUACGCGGGUGAAAAGGGCUGCCUGGAAAGGAUUCGGUUCAUGACGCCAGCCAUGAG